AUGACUGCGGAGGAGAUGGUCAAAGCUGGCGACGUAUCAGUACUGCAACGACUGCGGGUCGUGCCAGCAUCGCGAGCAUAUUUCAGCGGUCAGCCACGCUUCACCGAUAGCCUUCUUGAGCUGGAAGCGAUUCAACGAAAGUACGAAACACUACCAACAAUCCCUCAAGCCCAAGCUCCAAGAGUAGCCUGGAAAGAUAUAGUAGCGUUCAAGACCGAUGUCGGUGCCAAUGCGGAACCUGUCAAGGUCUCGAAAUACAGCAAAAUAAAGCACAUUUUAAAACGUCUAAACCGCAUACAUCCAGCUUUGAUGCCACAGGAAGCAGCGGAUAUCAUGAAUCGAUACAAGAGAGAUAUCCAGCCGCACAUGAAUGCAGCAACGCCCGGAACCAUUGACAUUCAGGGAAGGGCAGCUGGUGUAGGAAAGAGGAAGUCCUCAUCGGCCGUUGCAUACGCUGUUGAAGGAGAGGGCGAAGUCAUGGUCAACGGGAAGCCUCUAAGUCUGAUGUUUAGCCGUGUCCAUGACCGCGAGACUGCAAUCUGGGCGCUCAAGGCUACUCAUCGGGUUGACAAGUACAACAUCUUUGCAAUUGUUAAAGGUGGCGGUACAACCGGCCAGGCUGGUGCGCUAACCAUGGCUAUUGCUAAGGCACUGGUCGUACAUGAGCCUGCAUUGAAAACAUCUCUACGUGCUGCUGGCUGCAUCACCCGCGAUCCAAGAACAGUGGAGAGAAAGAAAGCUGGCAAGCUCAAAGCGCGCAAGAUGCCUGCUUGGGUCAAACGUUGA